GUCCAUUACAUUAUGGUUAUGAGUUUGAAAGGUUACUAUCUUAUAAAAAAGUUGUCCUAAAAUAUUUAUGUAAUUCACAAGAUGUUAACAAUGAAUUUUUAAAUGAGAUUAAAACUUAUUCCAUUAAUAAUAAUGGUAAGGAAAAUCCUAAUUUAUAUGGAAUAUCUCAAUAUCCAGCAGAUACAAAGGAUUAUAUUAUAGUACUCCAAGAUAGUUAUUGUAAAAAUUGUGGUAAAUUAUAUACAGAACUACAUUAUGAAUGGUGCAAACCAUGCCAAAUAAAUAAUUUAAAACAAAAUUUUGCAAUCUGGACCAGUGGAAAUAAAGAAGUUGAUAAUUUAAUUCAAGGAAUGCAAUUAAAAAUUGAUCAUUAUGAUGAUAUAAUAGUUGAAUGGAUACCAUAUAAUCAAUUUACUGAUAUUAAAAAAAUAGGAAAAGGUGGUUUUGCUACCAUAUAUUCAGCAAUAUGGGAAGAUGGUCCAUUAGUAAAUGAUUAUGGACAUGAUGGAAAGUUGAAAAGAAUACCUAAUAAAGAAGUUGCUUUAAAGUGUUUAGAUAAUUCACAAAAUAUCAAUAAUGAAUUUUUAAAUGAGAUCAAAGAGUAUUCUAUUAAGUGUCGUGAUGUAAUUCUUAAUUUAUAUGGAAUAUCACAGAAUCCAGUUACAAAAGAUUAUAUUAUGGUUCUUGAUUAUGCAGAUGGUGGAAAUAUUAAUAAUUAUAGUUAUAUUAAUAUAAAUUGGUAUUGGUUUGAAAAAUUAAACGUAUUAAAUUAUAUUAUUUUAGGUCUUAAAAAAAUUCAUGAAAAUAAAAUGGUUCAUCGUGAUUUUCAUACAGGAAAUAUAUUAUUAUCUUUAAUGGCUACUGAUGAAAGAUCUGGAAAUGUAUUUAGUAGAACAUAUAUUUCAGAUAUGGGAUUAUGUGGAGAAGUUGGAAAUAUAGAUAAUAAAAAAAUUUAUGGAGUUAUGCCUUAUGUAGCCCCAGAAGUAUUAAGAGGUAAACCUUACACUCAAACAGCAGAUAUAUACAGUUUUGGUAUGAUUAUGUAUUUUAUAGCAACCAAAAAACAACCUUUUGCAAAUUGUGCUCAUGAUAAAAUAUUAGCAUUAAAUAUAUGUAAUGGAAUUAGACCUGAGAUAAAUGAAAAAGAAGUUCCAAAAUGUUAUAUUGAUUUAAUGAAAAGGUGUUGGGAUUCAGACCAAUAUAAUAGACCAAGUGCUAUUGAAGUACAUGAAUUGAUUGAAUUAUUUUGUAAUUCUUGCAGUUAUAGAAUGGGAGCUAAUAAAGAUAAGGAAAUUGAAAAGCAAUUUAAAGAAGCAGAAGAAUAUAGAAAAGCAAAUUAUUUAUCUAUAGGAAAUAGUCAAUUAACUAAUCACCAUCCACAAGCUUAUUAUACUUCUCGAUUGCUUAAUCCAUUUACCAAAGAUCUUCCAAAAUAUGACGAUAUUAAUAAUAAAAAUUCAGUAAAUAUCGUCGAUUCUAUGGAGUACGUUAAAUCUAUUUUUAUAUAUUUUUUUAUAUGA